AUGUAUCGGAAGUUGUCUAAGUUAGAACACUCGGAAAUAAAACAACUUCUUACAGAAGCUAACAUAGAUGUUGCAAAACAUUACGCGACAAACAAAAAAGCACUCGCUGACAUCCUCAAUGACUACAAUGGUGAAAUAACUUAUGAUAGAAUUCAUGAGUUCAUAAAUGCAAGAGCAUUUCCUUUAAAUGACGUUGCUAUUGACUUAUAUCAUAGACGUUCAGUACCUCAUGAAGUAAGAAGAGAAAUGUUUGACAUAACAAAUGCGAACGUUGGUCAUACUCGUAAAGCUCUUUCGCAUGAUGUUCGUCAAGAGAUGUUUGACAUAACAAAUGCAAACGUUGGUGAAACACGAAAGAGAGACGACACACUGAAACAACAGAGAAGAGAGAUGUUUAAAAGUGCUAUAGAACAAGUUCGCAAAGCUAAUAAUGUCAUUCGUUCCAUUGACGACAAACCAAAAGAAGGUGAGAGAUGGUUAAAGAAAGAUGAAGAGAAUAGGAAGAGAAAUGUGAAGUCAGGCAAUAGACUCAUUGACUUUAACAUCGAAGCUUUAGAUGAACCAAACAGAGACUACUUACACAAACAUUUCGGUAAGGUUUUCAUGAGACUCUUAGAGAAGAUUAAAAUAAACUCCCAACAAAGAUGGAUGGUAUGUUAUAAACUUGGUGGAAAGUAUGAAUGUUCUACGUUAAACCUCAAUAAUAUUGGAACAUUACUACAUCAGCUCUUGAAGGAGAACUUUAUAUCAGAGAUAGAAGCAAAUGCUGCAGGUAUUGUUGAAAUGCACUAUGACUUCUUCUUGACAAACAUAAAGAAUCUUACUGAAAUAAAGAUGUAUGAUUUAACAGAAUAUGAAGGCUUAACGAUGUCAGAUGUUAAGAAAGGAAAGCCACAGAAGCGACCAUAUAGAGAUGAAAGCACACUGACAGAAAGACAGAAAAGAUUAUUGAACAGACUUAAACAAACAGGAGAUAAACAAGAUAUAGAUGACUUCUGGAAUGAAAUCCUUG